AUGGAGGGAGAUGGGGGCUACAGCUCCAUCGGAGAGAAGGGUUUCCCAGGGUACCCCGGGGCAAAGGGUCGAGCGGGAGAGCCAGGCGAGGAUGGCAUCGGCUACCAGGGCGCAGUCGGGACACGAGGGUUGCCUGGUGACCCAGGGUACAACGGGUUACCAGGGCAACCUGGCCUACCUGGACCUCUAGGUGACACCAGCUGUAUGCAGGAUAAUGAGGUCUCCUUCACAGAGGGAGGGGCAACGAUACCGUGCCGUAUUCCCGGUGAGGGCGGAGACCCGGGAUAUCCAGGUGUGCCGGGAGCGCCAGGUCCUAAGGGGCAGCCAGGCCUGCCUGGGGGUCCAGGUCGUCCAGGGUUUGAUGCGCAGAAGGGAGAGAGAGGAGAGCCUGGCUUUGGAGGACAACCAGGCCCACAGGGUUUCCCAGGCCCCAGAGGGGACGCUGGGGGCCCAGGUAUCCCAGGAGGAGGGGGUCUCGGGGCCCCAGGGAAGGAUGGGCUGCCGGGAAGGCCUGGUCAGAAGGGCCAGCCUGGGGAGGUGCUGGGGGCCAGCUCUGGGGCCCCAGGACUGAAUGGUCUCCCUGGGGGCCCGGGGGAGAAGGGCCUGCCUGGAGACUCAGGACUUCCUGGAGGACCCGGUUUCGACGGGCGUUCCGGCGUUCCCGGAGCCAAGGGCGAGCGAGGUCUGGACGGCUACCCCGGCGCCACCGGCCUCCCCGGUCUCCCUGGAGACGACCGAGUGGGAGGACUUCCUGGUUCCCGGGGUCCAGCAGGGCCCAAAGGAUUCCCCGGAGCACCAGGUUUCCCUGGUGGGAAGGGAGCCAGAGGCGAUGUUGGAGCCCCAGGGCCUGCGGGCAUGAAGGGCGCCUCAGGCCAGCCUGGGCUGAAUGGGCCUCCAGGACUCAGGGGGCCCCCGGGACCUCCAGGACUUGGAACCAGGGAUGGCAUCCCUGGCGUGCCCGGACGGAAGGGCGAAAGGGGCUUCCCCGGAUUGGUGGGCUUCCCCGGAACCCCUGGGACCCCCGGGGGCCCUGGUCGCCCCGGGGGGAAAGGGUUGCCUGGAGGUCUGGGGAGGGAUGGAGAACCGGGAUACUACGGAGCCAAGGGACUCAAAGGUGACCGUGGUUACCAGGGUCCCCCAGGGCCCCCCUCCAUCCCCUCCAGGCAGGAGUACGUGGAGAAGGGGGAUAACGGGGACAGUGGGGCCAGCGGCCUGCCCGGCUUCACCGGACCUCGAGGUGACAAGGGUUUCCCAGGCCAGCCUGGCCGCCAGGGUCUUCCAGGCCUCCCAGGGUUCAGUGACCAGAGUAAGGGGGACCCAGGCCAGCCUGGCCGCCCCGGCCCCCCAGCUCCCCCAGGAUUCCCUGGUCUCAAGGGGGCCCCUGGCAUCAUAGGCUUCCCUGGCUCAACUGGACCCAGGGGCGAUGACGGAGGACCUGGUUUCCCUGGCAACCCCGGAAGCCCUGGCCAGCCCGGAGGCAAAGGUGAAAGAGGAGAAACUCUAGCCUACACAGGCGCUCCCGGAGCCAAGGGCCAGCCAGGAGAGCCCGGGUACCCAGGUGGGCGGAGUAACGAUGGGGCCCCCGGCGACAACGGUUACCCAGGAGGGCCUGGGUUCCCUGGACAGAAGGGAGCCCCUGGAGAGCCUGGGAGGCCUGGACUACAGGGUACUCCUGGUUUCCCUGGCCCGAAGGGCCUGGACGGCUACCCAGGAGGCAGAGGUCUGGAUGGGCCCGGAGGUCAGCCUGGGGGCCCUGGGGCUUCCGGAGACAAAGGUCUAUCUGGGUCUCCUGGCCUGGAUGGGCUCAACGGUCUGGGAGGACCUAAAGGACCUCCCGGAAACCCAGGUCAGUCUGAGGGGGGUCGUCCAGGGACCCCUGGGGCGAACGGGCUGAAGGGUGAGAGAGGAUCCUCCUACCCAGGACCGCCUGGCUACACUGGGGGCAAAGGAGAGAGGGGAGUGCAAGGUGGUCCUGGGCAUACAGGGUUCCCUGGUCUCCCUGGCCCCCGGGGAGAGACCGUAGACUCUGUUAUCCCUGGACCUCUCGGUGACCCUGGCCUACCUGGUCUGGAUGGGGCGCAAGGUUUCAGUGGACCUCCAGGCCAAGCAGGGCCCCCCGGCCCCGGUACGGCCCAGGGAGACAGAGGUGACUCUGGGCUGCCAGGCUUCCCUGGCACCCCUGGGAGGAAAGGAGACCCUGGAACCCCCGGAGGCCCCGGACUGAACGGAAACCCUGGGGCCAAAGGCCUGAGAGGCGAUGCUGGGUACAGCGGAAUCCCAGGAAGCCCUGGGUAUGGUGGAGACCCUGGAUACUUUGGAGGCAAAGGGCUCAAGGGUCCGAAAGGUCCUCCUGGGCGUAAGGGCCUCCCUGGCAUCAGUCUCCCACCCAGGGACUACUCCAAGCCCUUCGGGGACCAGGGCAUCCCGGGCCAGAAAGGACUUCCAGGAAUCCCCGGAGAACCCGGCCAGCCUGGCCUACCAGGGAGAGGAGGUCCUAAGGGCAGGCCCGGCGGGGCAGGGACCCUGGGGAGGGGAGGUUCUCCCGGGCUGGACGGACCUGUAGGAGAAGCUGGACCUCCUGGGUUCCCCGGAACCUUCGGAUUGCAAGGCGAGUCGGGUUCCCCCGGCCUCCAGGGCCCCCCCGGCAGCGUGGGCCGCAGCAGCAGCAUCGGCUACACCCUGGUGAAGCACAGCCAGACCAGCCAGGUGCCCAUGUGCCCCCAGGGCAUGACCAAGCUGUGGGAAGGCUACAGCCUGCUCUACGUGGAGGGACAGGAGAAAGCCCACAACCAGGACCUGGGUCUGGCCGGCUCCUGCCUCCCUCGCUUCAACACCAUCCCCUUCCUCUACUGCACACCCAGCGAGAUCUGCUACUACGCCUCCCGCAACGACAAGUCCUAUUGGCUGUCCACCACGGCGCCUAUCCCCAUGAUGCCGGUGGUGGAGGAGGAGAUCCGGCCGUACAUCAGCCGCUGCUCCGUGUGCGAGGCGCCGUCGCAGGCCGUGGCCGUGCACUCUCAGGACCAGACCAUCCCCAUGUGCCCCGCCGGCUGGAGGAGCCUGUGGAUAGGACACUCCUUCCUCAUGCACACAGCGGCGGGUGCGGAGGGCGGUGGCCAGUCCCUGGUGUCCCCGGGCUCCUGCCUGGAGGACUUCCGGGCCACGCCCUUCAUCGAGUGCAACGGCGCCAAAGGCACGUGCCACUACUUCGCCAACAAGUACAGCUUCUGGCUGACCACCGUGGACCCCGACCGGCAGUUUGAGCACUCCACCACCCCCGACACCCUGAAGGGAGGCCUGGAGAGGUCAAGGGUCAGCCGCUGUCAGGUCUGCAGCAAGCUCCUGUGAGGGAGGAGGAGGGUCGUGAGGGCUGGAGGAGGAGGAGGGGAGGAGGAGAAGAGGAGGAGGAGGAUGUGUGAGAGACUGGUGCAUCGAAUGAGGAGGAGGUGGUAUGCCCCGGAGAGAUAAGGAGGAGGUGGUAUGCCCCGGAGAGAUAAGGAGAGAGAGAAGGAUGACGAGGCGAUAGGAAAUACAAACAAUGACUGAAUAUGCACCCCUCUCGUUCACGUGGGCUGGGGUUAGCUCCGGGAAGAGAGAGAGAGUUGUGGAGGAGGGAAAGAUAGAGGGGUGAUGGUUGGAUUGUUAAACACUAGAUUAUCGUGGUGCUAUUACCUUUUUGUUGUUGUUCUGUGUCUCUUUGUUUUUUUUUGUUUUUUUUUUUCGCUUAUUAUUUCUUUUCAUUUUUCGUUUUCGAAUUAUUGUUCCCAGCUACCUCUGGGAAUGUGUGCACCCAAACCCACACCUACCCCAACCCCUACCCCCACCCCCUACCAUACCCCACUAGGCACUGAUCCAGCCCCUAUAUGUCCGGGCUUCUGUACAGAACUCAAAACCCCAUAUGGAGCCUUAGAUGUGUUCUGUCUGAACUGAAAUGGUUCUCCCUGGAACCAUGUUCCACAGAGCCUUCCACUCAAGAACAACUCACCACAACGUUUCACGAGUGUGUCUUCGACAAAACCAUAUGACGUACUCCAUGACACAGUGUCUGUGAUGGGUAGAGCUUGCCUGUGUGCUACAGUGUCAACACUCUCACCCUCGUAGUUCACUUUCACCUUCACCUUUCAACCUCCCUCAUCGGGAGGUUGAAAGGUGAAGCCCUCUUUUCAUGGGGUCAAAGGUCGAACGUCGACCAUGACAGCAGCGACCCUGGUCUGCCGGGGCUUCUGCUGCGGACGGAUCGGAUGUGUAGGUGAGCGUGUUGCACUGACGCGGACUAUCCGCACAGGUGAGACUCCUCCAGACUUCUUUAUGUCUCACCUGCCCACUUCCCCUCAAGUUUUUACUUAGUCACCGUAGCAACGGCCUGCAAACCUGGUAGGGCUCCGCUGACUGUCAUUCAAGCACACACACAGACACAUACCCACACACACACACACUCUUACCAUCAACGACUGGCCCCACUGGCUGGUCUCUGAGGCCCAACGGAGUGGUCAGAACUCUAGAACACUCGAGAAGACGUCGAGCAUUCUAGAAGCCGAGGACGCUAAACGGCCAGGUGAUUUGAAGCGCUGCCCCUUCGUUGACAUCCUUGUCGUCAGCGUGGCUGACCGGUCUCACUGACAAACCUCCGCUACCUCUUUUCCCCCUUAAGAACCUGUUGUGACCAAAAUGUGGGUUUCCAAAGCCUACCCUCUAUCCUAUACUAGAGACAAAUUGACCUGAUAGGAAGGAGUACACACACACACACACACACACCUGCGCUAGAAUGUUUAUUAUUGUACAUAUGCUUAUGACACAUCACAUCAUGUCAUUUUACAGAGCAACACCUGUUUAGGAAGCAUAAGUGACCUUUAACCUCUGAUCUGGGACCAGGUAUGUUAUCAGGUAUAUAUUCACCUCUGUUAUCUGUAAAACGUGUGGAAUGGGGGUGGUCUGAUCUCAGAUCUGUCCUUAAGGUCGUUAAGAUUCUGAUUGGACGGUAUUAGAUGUACAAGGUGCUGGGUGUCUCUCGUUUAACCACUAUGACCACUAUGUGAAGCACACAGAAAACACCUCUCAGUUUCUUGUAGUCUUACAUGUCUGUUGG